GGCAUUGUGUCGCGAAUUCUGCAUUUCUGUUGUGCAUUUGAUUCGAUGAAUUGUGCCUCUGCAUUGCUCAACGGAGAUAUCGGGGUGGUGCCUCUUGUCAACGAGAUGGAUGAUACUGGCUGGUCUGCCUUACACAAAGCGGCGGAGUUGCAUGCUAAGAAAUGCGUUGAGCUUCUGGUAAAGCAAGGAGCCCGUCCGGACAUCAAGUGUAAGGACCAGCAAGCACGGCUCCCUCUGGAGCUAGCUUUGUAUAGCAGACGGAUGGAUGUGGUUUGGAAUCCAAAUGACGCAAUUGAAGAUCUCGUCGUAUGUCUGAGAGAAAAGGAUUUAACGGUGGUGAAACUUCUGGCUGAGAAAACAAAAGAUAUUUUAAAGGUUGCUUAUGGGUGUGCUGUUGAAUGUCGGGUUGUCCCUCUAGCUGCCCUGCUUAUGGUAGCUGCUGAGAAAGUUAACACCUCGGCUUUGGUCCCACGACAUGAUACUGAUUUAGGUUGCAAGGACAAGAUUACUGUGUAUGAUUGCGUGAUCAGAGAGGCAUUGUCCCUGGGUUGGACUGGGAUUUCCUCGUGGAGAACAAAAAAACGGACAGCUAUUUGGAAUCAAAGCGAGAAUGCUGAGAGACGGAAACUCUUGUUAUGUGAGAUAGAGCUACUCCAGCAGUUUGGAGCAGUUGUUCAACGAAGUGGCUGCACUGAUAGGAGGAUUACAUCACCACUAGUCCGUGCUGCACAGGCUGGAGAUGAAGCAGUGAUUGAGUUACUUUUAAAAACAGAUAUAGAUGUAAAUGAUGUCGAUGCAGAAGGAAAUUCUGCGCUCCAUUGGUCCCUGAAGACCAACAAGGAUCUGUGUCCGCAACAGAUAAGAAUUGUAUGCCUCCUCCUGAAGCACGAUGCUCUGGUAAGCCUGAAAAAUCGAUUGGGAUUAACUGCGCUCCAUAUUGCUGCUGCAAAUGGUAAUAAACAGGCACUUCAGAUUCUGCUAUCUAAAGACCCUGAUAGCAUUGAGUCUACAACCGAAAUGCUAGAAACCCCACUAUUUUUUGCAGCCAAGAAUGAUUAUUUGGAUUGUGCGCAGCUUCUUCUGCACUUUGGUGCAAACACUGAAGUCCUCAAUUUGCGACAAAGGCCUAUAGACUUGGCCAAGUCGCAGGACAUGCGUUUCAUAUUAAGCCCCACCAACAUUAGCUUUACAACCCAGGCUUCCCAACGAAAGUAUACCCCCUGGUUACAGAAUGAUCAGAUUCUUUCAGGGACCCGUGAAAUUAUUCCACCCAUGACAAACAAAGGUACCACUGUUGAAAGAGUUUGCACUAGCCCUAAGACAGAGCUUUGUAGAUUCUAUGGAUCUCCAGGUGGAUCCCUCAGAGGAGCUAAGUGUUACCAUGCUGAGAGUAAAGAAGAGCUUCAGCAGAUAAGGCAGGAUGCUCACUCAAUUCAUUCUCAGGCUAGAGAGAAACUUAAACAGAAAAUAUUUGUAGGAGGUCUCCCGCCUUCAUUGGAUUCAGGUUCACUGGGAAAGUUUUUUGAAGAACAAUUUGGGUGUGUAGAAGAAGCCAUAGUUAUCAAUUCUCAAGCAGGCAAUCCAAUACAGUCAAGGGGGUUUGGCUUUGUCACCUUUAAAUAUGAGCAAUCUGUUUCAGCUGCCCUUCAAGCGCACUAUGUCACUAUUAAAGGCAAGCUGGUUGAGAUCAAAAGUGCUGUCCCAAAAUGCCUAUUAAUUUCAGAAUUUCAAAAGCUUUCGCCUAGACAACAAGAGGAACAGCAGAACAACCAAUCACAAACUCAGGCACAAAGCCCUGAUGAGGAGAAAACAGACAAGGGUAGACCUAAACAGAUGUCUUUGGACGAUGGAUUGCUGUGCGUUCAACAGAAUACACAUUCAUAUGAAUCUGAAGCUCAUGUUACCACCUUCUCUGUGGACCAAUUCCUGCCAGAUUGGGUGAGCAUCUUCAAAGGGUGGCUCCCCAUCUUUUUGCAGGAGGUAUCAAAGUGUUUGAGGGAAGGCGAGUGGUAUCCUCUCUCAUCCCUCAAGGCUGACUUUAGGGCUUCGUGUGGACUAGAACUAGACCAUGCUUCUGUUGGCUACCACAAGCUUAGUGACUUUAUGAGGUCUCUGCCUGGGAUUUGUCGCAUGAAGAUUGUCCCUGUAGGAGGACGUGGACCUGCUACUCACAUGGUCCUCCUGCCUAGCCUUCAGCCAAAUGAAGAACUCGCCAAGUCGAUCACAAUGCCAGGCACAUCAUGUUGUACACCAUUUGAUGACAAUACUGACUAUGUUUUCUGUGACAGCUACCUUGAGGAUGGUUCAUCAAUUUCUUAUGCUGACUUCGGUUUCUUGGAAGUUGGCUUGGACGAGAGGAAAUCAUUUCAUAAUGAAAAUUUUAUCCAUGAAGCUUUUGAAGCAAAGCAAUAUCAGUAUGAUGCUUUGCAGUGGGUGCACCCAAGAUUCCUGGAGUUCUUGAAACCAGACCCACUCUUCCAUGGCAGACCAUGGACAAUGAAACAAAAUAAUAGAGAUGCAAGAGGCAGUGAUAGUGAAAGGAGUGGGGAAGUGAGAUGUGGGAAAGAAGGGGAUGCUAAAGGGAAGAAACUGAAGAAGCAACAGAGGCAUCUAGUUUUGGAGGCCCUUGCAAUAAAAAGAAAAAGCUCCUCAGUUUUCUUUCUCCGUGAAUUUGAUUUUUAUGAUAAUUACAAAGCAAGCAUGGAGCAGGGAAAGUGCUUCGCCUGCAACCAAGGUAAGAUGUCAUGGACCAACUUUCCAUGCCAACACUCACUGUGGUGCAGUGACUGUAAACAUCUGGCUGUUCAAGCUGCUGCUGGAACUUUUGAGCACAAGUGUGUGGUCUGCGACUCCAAAGUGGAGGAAAUCAUAUGGAAUCCGUGGCAUGACAACCCUCAACAAACAGGCAAUGUGCCUAGUGAUGAGUUUCCUUCUUUUGAUCCAAACCAAAUACAAAGCUCGGGCAAGAAGAAAUUUCCUCUGCACAAUUGAUGAUGAUGUUGCUGCUGGCGCCAGAAAAAGGGAAGAUUGCAAGACAGUUAACAC